GAGUCAGAUUAGUGGGCGGGGAGAAGAAAGGAGACUGUGGCCGCGCCCUAGAUCCAGGUGACGUGUCUGCCCACCUCCUAGCAGGUGAGACGGUAGGCGGAGUCAGAAAACAGGUGCACUGGGGAUGUGCAGCCCGUGAGACCCCUUUAAACCCUGGACGGGACCCACCAGGGAAGGUGAGAGCUUUGAUUGGCUUAUGAGCAUUGACUGCUGAAGCAAGACAUGAGCUCCACCAAGCAAUGGGAUAUCAGCAAGGCCUUGACUGUUGCCACCUUGUUCUACUUCUUCCACAAUGUUGGAAAGUUUUGCUUGAUGCCCUUUCUAACCCUCUACUUUAGGCAGCUAGGACUGGGUGCCCCCCUAGUGGGAAUAAUCUUUGGAUUCAAGCAUGCAGUUCAUCUGCUCUGGGCUCCCCUGUGCUCCUUUUUAGCCAAGAAUCACCACAAACAAAGAUUUUUCAUCAUGACAUCUCUUCUGCUAUCUGCGGGAGUUGGGAGUCUCUUUGCCUACUACCCCCCAUUAGAUAAGAACAUUGUGUCCUUGUUCUGCAAUACUAGUAUGCCGUGGAAAGAACAAUUAAACCCACCCAUUGACAUUAGUGUUUCUGUAGAUGAAAAUCUCAAUACAACUUAUGCAGCACCUACUGAUCACCAGACCACAACAGGGGCGCUUAAUACUUUGCCAAGUUCUGUUGGAAAGUUGGCCACAGACCCCGCAAUGACUUCACUUGACUUGGAGAUCACAACACAUCAGCGUUUUACAGAUCAGUUUCCAGUGACCAGUAAUACAAUUCUGGAACAUCAGACCAAGAAUGUUCUUGGUUCUGGAAAGGCACAAAAAGUUAUGAGCAGUAAGUCUGCGGCAUCUAAUAGUAAGCAGAGAAGUUCUCUGAACAACCAUACCUCACCCUAUGCAACUCACCCCAAUGUCUCCCAUCACCCAUCUAUUCAUGAAAGAAAAGUUAGGGACAUUGGCAUUGAUUUUACCGACAAUUCCCUUGAUCCACAACACAAAAUAUUCCUGAUUGUGUUGGUUUUGGUCAUUAUCUGGGAAAUACUGGCAGCCCCAUUAGAGUGGAUAGCAGAUGACAGUUUAUAUGAAUACCUGGAUUUUGUGGAUGCCACAGACAGACAUGGCAAACUUUGGAUCUGGGGGUACUUAGGAGCUAGCAUGGGCUCUAUUUUUAUAACCUUCCUAGUAGACAACCUCAACUGCUUUGUCAUUUAUGAUAUCCCCAGAGUCUUCUUCCAUUUCUUCUGCUAUGGUGGCUUCCUUAUCGGCACCUUGUUUCUGAGCACCCUCUACCCUAUUCAUGUUUCCAAGAAAACCGAACACUCCAACAAAACUGUCAAAGCCCUGGGAUUCCUUGGAAGUGAUGGCCGCAUCGUUCUAACAGCCCUUACCGUAUUUCUCCUGGGGGCUGUAGGGUCCACCACUCAGAAUUUCCUUUUCUGGCAGAUGCAAGAUGUAGGCAGCAGUGAGUUGUACAUGGGACUUUCUAUUGCUGUUGGACUACUCUCUGAACUGACACUGUACUUUUUCAGGAACAAACUUCUGAAGAUUUUCACCUUUAAAUGGAUGGUAGCUCUGGGGUUAUUUAGUCUGGGGGUACAGUGUUUGUAUUACUCCUUUCUUUGGGCACCCUGGUCUGUUCUAGCCAUUCAGAUCCUGAAUGCUUUUAGCAGUGGAGUAAUCUGGUGGGCGAUUAACUCCCAAGUGGUUGAUUUGGCUAGUCCUGGCACGGAGAGAUCUCUGCAGCUGGCCCUACGGUGGCUUGCAUAUGGCUGUGGCUCCAGCACAGGAAGUUUUGCAAGCGGCUUCAUCAUUAGCAGAUUCAGCCUUGCGGUGCUAUAUCAGGCGUGCUGCAUCACCUUACUCCUGUGGAUUAUCAUAUUUCUCUUAGUCCAGCCCAAACUGCCCAAUACCAAGAAAAUAAACUACUCCCGGCUGCUGGCUGCAGAUAACAGCGACAUGAGUGAUUCUGACGAAGAACAAGACCGGGACUGGCUAGUAACGGCCAUGAAAGAUGAGAAUUCCAAUAGGAAUUGGUAGCCCCUUGGAAAAUAACAAGGUGCUAGGGUGGGACAGGCAGAACUUAACAGAUUGUGACAUUCCAGAAUGUUGGAAAUUUAUAUGUAAAUAUAUUAUUGUCUUCCAUUGGAUAAACCAUAUUUUACUACAA